AUGGGCAAUUUACUGUGUAAACUUGUUUCCGCGCUCCGCCGCCGGCACCCGCUGGGCCAUCGCUCGCUGGUUUUGCGCCGUCGGGAUGCCAUCACAUCUGGCCGGGGCCACCCAGCCGCCCCAGCUCCUGCUUUACACCCUGGCCGCAGGCUGCUCAACCAGGACCGAGUGCCUUUAUCAUCCGGCUCUUACAUCGCGCCGAAAAGUCGGUACCCAAUCCAGCAGGCUGGGUACUCCCGUGUGGGCGUCCUACCCCUGGCGAACUUGAGGCAGUUGCCGAAGAAGCAGCCCGUCCUGUCCACUCGUAAUUCCAUGAUGUUCGGACCUUCGAGAACUGUCAGAAUUCCUCCACCGGGGCGCAAAAUUACUCUGCUGCCUUCACUCCCUGAGCUACAUGUUCAGGUAGGCAAGGCUGGGAAGCCGGUACCAGCCAGUCACCGCCCACUUCCUUGCGCAAAGGAGAGGAAGGCGAUGGUCCGGGAAGAGCGCAGGGAAGGCGUGACAAAGGAGGAAGGUCACACAGAGGCCGAAGGAGAGGCCAACGGAAAGAUGAGUCCGUACCGCAGCGGGGCUGUGACAAGGACACCUAGGCCCCAGGAGACCGGCGGGCUCCUCCCGCCCCUCCAGUGCAGUCCCGAGCCUCCAAACCUCCUGCCGGUGCACCCAGGAGGCAACGUCAGUGAGAAAGCCCAGGUGUCUCGGACGAAGCCUUCCUCCCAAAGCCCCGCCAUCUGCUCAGACGGCACUGCUGGAGACCGCCGGCCUCCCUCGCAGCCUGGCCCCCUGGCCACGGUGCUGUCUGCCCCAAGUCCGUGCUGCAGCCUGCUGCCCGAGAGGCCAGUAGAAGAAGUGCUGGGUGAAGACCACCAGCCCGGCUCCCCAGAGUCACUGGUGUCCGGGAAGGCGCUGCAGCGUGAAGCACCUGCAGACCCCCGGCGGAGAGGCUCUUCUCCCGCGGGAGCUGCGGGCAGCGGGCGCCCCUGCAAGAGGCCGAUGCCCCCGCCGCUCUUUCUGCCGCUGCCGCCGCUGCUGCCGCCUCGGCCGCCGCCGCCGCUGCCGUGGGGUCGCAGUGACCUUCCCCCACCUCCGAAGCUUCCAGCCAUGACUCUCGCCAAAACCUGGGGCACCCUGAGACAAAACAUGGAGCGUCAGCGGAACAAAAUCCUGAAGGAUGCAAGGAAGGCCAUGCGACGCCGCAGCACCGCUCCGCCCGCCCCAGGGACCACAGGCUGCCUGGCGGUCAGUCACGUUUUGCAGGUCCCUUCUACCACCACCAACUUGGCCGACCUGUCCUCCAGAUUCGCCAAUCUGGCUGGCCUUCCACCUUGCCUGACACCUUAUAUGGAUCGGGUGGCAAGACACACAGCCCCCGUGUCCUCUCAUUCUGCUAUUCGUGCAGAUCCUCUUCUUCCUCCAGUUUUCAAUCCCAUUGUGGGAAUUACCCUUAAGGAGGACGCAGGCACUCCAUGUUCAGUCAGAGCAACACCACCUUUUAUUUCUGACCUCUCCACACCUCUGAGCACCCCAACCCUCCCCUUCCAGCCACCCUCCUACAGAAAUGAAUCCCCAACACCCAUGUGUGUAGAUUCUCCCCCUCCCUUAUACUUACUCACCCCUCUUCCAGACCCUCCCAUCGCUCCCCCUGCUCCAACUGAGCAGCCUGUCACUUCUGCAGUCCCUUUGACCACCACAGUCAUAGCAUCUGCAAGUGUGACCCCCCCGUCUCCUUCAGAUUCGGACAUCACUGACAUGGACACUACUCCCCCUUCUCAAGCUGUAAUUUUUCAGUCUCCCCCAGGUAUAGGGGUGGAGCAGACACACACUGCAGAGAGACCAGACACCACCGGCCCAUUUGUGCCAAUGGUCUCCUGCCACGCUUCAAUUUUUAACUAUCCCUCUGACUCGCAAACCAACCCUCACCCCACAUUUGCAGCCACUGAUGAGCAGCAGAGAGCCUCUGUUUUUCCCAGGCCCCCAUCUGGAGCUCUGGCUGCCGCCUUCCCCGGGCCCCCACCUGGUGAUCAGGCUGCCGCCUUCCCCAGGCCCCCACCUGGGGAUCAGGCUGCUGCCAUUCCCGGGCCCUCAUCUGGGGCUCCGGCUGCCGUCUUCCCCGGGUCCCCACCUGGGGAUGCAGCUGCCACCUUCCCCAGGCCCCCACCUGGGGAUCAGGCUGCCGCCUUGCCCGGGCCCCAACCUGGGGAUCAGGCUGCCGCCUUGCCCGGGCCCCGACCUGGGGAUCAGGCUGCCGCCUUGCCCGGGCCCCCACCUGGGGAUCAGGCUGCCGCCUUGCCCGGUCCCCAAAUUAUGGCUUUGGGUCCUUCCUCCCCCAGCCCCCCAUCUAUGGCUUCAGCUCCUGUUUUCCCCAAACCCCCAUCUAUGGCUUCAGCUCCUGUUUUCCCCAGCCCCCCACCUAUGGCUUCAGCAGUUAUCUAUGCUUCAGCAGUCGGCAUCUCUACAGAUGUCAAACCAGUCUUUGACAUCAAUGCUAUGGAUGCACCUCCUCCUCGGACUUUACUUUCCAGUCUACCUCUGACUCCAAGGAGAACCACUACCCAUAUCACAUGGCUGUUCCUGGUUCUGAGAACACAGCACCCAGUGGCAGCAAUGCCUGGACCCAAGCCUCGACUUAUUUACCUGUGGAUCCAGCCACCCAGAGGAAGGAUAAUGGAUUCAGAUUUACCAGAUCCCCUGUCUUCCACUACCACCAUCAACAUGCAGCCGGCCUUUGUCUACAGCUCAGGUAUUUUCCCCAGGGAUGUAUCUGCUACUUCUGGUUUUGGAGUGGAUACCACAGUGCCCAGUACUGGAGACAGUAGCUUGCUGUCUGCUAGUACCACAUGAGGCCCACUGUUGUUGGGACCUGCAGCCUCUAUGGCUGGUGGGAGUUUUGGGUUGGUGUGA